GUGCGAGGAGAUUGUUUAAUUACAUUUCAGAAGCAGUGAUAAAAGUACACGGCGGUUAUUUUAAACAAUUACAAUCGGUAUUACGGUACAAACAAGAACGAUUAAAACUCCAGCCGUCUGUCGAUUGGUCACGACGGCUUAGCGGAGCGGGGAGUACAGUGAUGUGUGUGUCUGGGAAAUAGAACAGCAUGUCUUUGUCUUAAGGCGAUGUAUCAUGAUUACAUGAUAUUCCCGUUGACAUAGCAAAGUGUUCUAUUGGGCGAUGUCAAGCGGGUAGUAUACGACGUAACUGAUGACUCGUAUAAAAAAAGCUGAUGUUACUGUUAACCAACACUAACUAAACUCAUGUGUCGCUUAUUUCAACAAAGUGUUCUAUUUUGGCGUUAUCAAUUAAAUGCGAAUUUGAAUGUGAUGUGAAUUGAUUUCAAAUGAAUUUGGUAAUAUACAGCGUAACUAAACACUCGUUUAAAAGCUGCUGUUACUGUUAACCAGCACUAACUAAACUCAUGUGUUGAUUAUUUCAUCAAAGUGUUCUGUUUUGACUUUAUCAAUCGAAUGUGAAUGUGAAUUAAUGUGAUGUGAAUGGAUUUGAAUUCAAUUGGGUAGUAUACAGCGUAACUAAACACUCGUUUAGAAAAGCUGAUGUUACUGUUACCAGCACCAACUCAACACACACACAUGUGUUUGCUGGUUAUUGCAAUACAGGAAUAUAUACUGAUGAUGUAAGUGCAUUCUUAAAAAAACACAUUGCAUAUGCUAUUAACUUAAGACGUUAGAGAUACUCUCUGAACAUUAUAUUUAAAUUCUUUGAAUUCAGUUAAAAAAAAUGAAAAAUAAUGCUUUGUUUAACAUGAGCACAUGCCUGUUAUUUUACACGCAAAGACAAUAACAGGAAUACAAUCGAGCUCCGUACGUUGUAUAAGUAUUUGAAUCGACAGCAACUAGCAAGAGGACUACUAAAAUGGUGGCUUUAGGUAUGACAACAGUGGUCGUCCUCUUCAACAUCAUUUUGAAGAUUGCUAACUGCGCAUUGCAGACAUCAGAUUUAAUUAAAGUGGGGAGUGGGCGAAUAAUUGACACAAAACAACAAUCUUGUUCCAAGAGGAGCGUCCUGGAGUGUACCAAUUUUUGUGCAAAGAAAAGUUCGUUUCGUGGAAUAAAUUACGUGAAAUCAAGUAAACAGUGCACUUGCCUGUUGCCUGCAGAUUUACAGGGAAUAACGUGGAUACAACAAAGUGACGGACACGUGUUCAUACACGCAAAUUACAAAAAUGUAUUUGAUAACUCUUCUCCAUUGCCAACUUCAAAAACAUCAGCCACAACGACGCCAUCGACACAAACAAAAGCCAUUUCAAAAACAACAUCAACAAAAACAUCAGCAGCACCAACAUCAAUUAAAACAACAGCCGCCCUGACAUCAUCUACAACAACAACAGCUACUACGACAACAACAACAGCAAUAGAAGCAACAACAACUCAAACAACAGGCACAACGACAUCAUCAACACAAACAACAGCAGCAACAACAACAACUCCAACAACAACAGCAGCAACAACAACAGCUCCAACAACAAAAACAGCUCAAACAACAACAACAGCAGCAGCGACAACAAUAACAACAACAAAAGCAACAAGCCCAAAAACGUCAAACACACCAGUAUAUGAGUGUUAUCCGGAUGCCUUAGUAUGUAUAUCAUCUGCAGUCUAUGUAUUCAAUGGCACCAGUUUGUUACACUAUCAUACCAUAUAUGACCUUACUUCCGGCCCACGAGAUAUCGUCAAGAUGACGUCAUUAUACAAAAUGACGUCAGAAAAAGUAACUGCAGCCUACAGAAAUUCCUCUUCAGUUUAUUUGAUAACAGAUUCUGGCAUUGACGUCUACAAUAUAGCCACAAAAGAGACUUUUAAUUUUAAAGAAACACUGAAAUGGAGUGAUCUGUUUGGGAAGUCUGCCCCAACAUAUUUCAAUGACGUUCUGUUCACACAAAAUGGCGACGUAUACUUUUUCAGUGAAGAUACAUUACACGUGAAGGAUAGUUCCGGUGACGUCACAAAAAUUGGUUUGGAUAACAAUGGCAACAAAAACCUUUAUAAGAGCAAGAACUUUUCAGAUCGUCCUAGAAAUAUAACGGCAGUAUGUGAAGUGGACAAUUUAACGCAUGUGUUUUUGUCUGAAGACAAAGUAUUCAAGUUUACGUUUGCAAACAAAACUUGGACCGAACUUGGACAUUUUAUUUGUUGACCACAUAGGUUAAAACAUUUCAUACAGGGUGUAAUCUAAUUUAAAAACAAGAUUGAUAUCUUACAAUAUGCGAUUUUCUUUUAUGCUUUUCGAUGAAAAAUGGAGUUUUAUCAGCGGAAAAAAAACAUUUAUUUGUUGACCACAUUGGUUAAAACAUUUCAUACAGGAUGUAAUCUAAUUUAAAUACAUGAUUGAUUGAUAACAAUAUGCAUUUUUCUUUCAUGCUUUUCUAUGAAAAAAUGGAGUUGAAUCAGUGAAAUAUCAACAUUGAAAAUAUCAAUUUUCACUGCAAAAAGAGGAGUGAAAAUAUCAACUUGAAGAACUACUUUUAAAAUCCAGUGUUGUUACCUCCCCUUAAUAAAAAUAAACACGUCACUUUUGCUUCAGAAAAUGUUGCCAAAAAUAUUUUUAAUUUCUAAAAAGGUUGCAUAAGUUAAAAUAUAGAUAUAUUUGAGUUAAAAACUUCCCGUCUAUUAGAAAAAAUGAUGAUUCUGUUUUUCAAACGUUUUCUUGAACUUCGAGCAUUUGCUUUCCUACAAAACCAAUUUAAUACAGAUGAAAACUACUGCUCGAACAUAAAUAGGAUGUUAAAUCAUGGUACAAAUAUCUUUUUGAACUGUUUGUAGUUGGUAUACGUAAUUCGAACUUCCCCGAAAAUCCAUACAACAAUUAACAGAAUAACUGAUGAUUUUUAUCCCACCCACGCCUCAAAAUGUUUCAACA